AGUCUACUGCCGUGUUCUGAGGGAUGUUGGCGUGGCCGGGUAUAAAAUGGAUUUCUACCUUCUUAAGGUAUUGGGCUUGACGGAUCUUCUCCCUGAUUUUAUAAGCGAUAAAAUUAUCCUGAAUGCUCCUUGCCAGUUUUAGAGUCCCGUUUCUGCUGUCCGUUGGGAUGGCGAUACGAGAAAACCCGCGGGAAAGGGGUAAAAUUUAAAAUGUAGAUUUCGUAUCAUUAAUCUGAUCUGAUUAUCUGAUCUUUCCCGCUGAGAUCGCCGAGAAGUUGUGGCUGGGCUCCUCGAUCGAUGCCAAAACCUAUCCGGAUGUGACCAUUCUGUUAAGCGACAUCGUUGGCUUCACCGGAAUCUGCUCGCGGGCCACUCCCUUCAUCGUGAUCAGCAUGCUGGAGGGUCUGUACAAGGACUUUGACGAGUUCUGCGACUUCUUCGACGUCUACAAGGUGGAGACGAUCGGGGAUGCUUACUGCGUGGCCAGUGGACUUCAUCGCACUUCCAUCUACGAUGCCCACAAGGUGGCCUGGAUGGCCCUCAAGAUGAUCGAUGCUUGCUCGAAGCACAUCACCCACGAUGGCGAACAGCGUGACCAUAGCCAACAAGUUCGAGUCCGGCAGUGAGGCCGUCAAGAUAAACGUGAUAAACGUGAUAAACCAAGGAAUGGCUGACCAAGCACGAGGGCUUCGACUUUGAUCUGCAACCACGGGAUCCCUCGUGCCUGCCCAAGGAGUUCCCCAAUCCGAAUGGUACCGAAACUUGCUACUUUCUUGAGGGAUACCGCAAUUCCGCACUCGAGAGCGG